GAUAACGAGGAAAAAUUGUGCGUAUUUUGAUUAGGAAAGUCGAUAAAAAUUGGCAAAAAUUUAUGCAUUUCUUGCGGAAACCGUUUUUUCCCAACGAUAAAAUUCGUUCAACGUGAAACGAUAAAAAAAAACCGUCCACUGAACUGAAAAUACCAUAGCAUGUAGCAUAGUAAGUCUAGCCAUAUAAAUCGCCAUGGUUUGUAAUCAAGAUGCAGUACUCAUUCAAACGGAUUUGAAUACAGAAGCAAUGAUGACAACAAAUUUGCCUUGGCAAAAUCGCAAUUUUUCGUUUUGCCAUUGUAUGGUUUUCGACUAGGGAGCAAAAGACGAGUAAAAAAAAAACCAGAAAUACAACAAACUGAUGUCACUGAUUCGAAUUUUGUAAACAGACACACAAGAGAGACAGAGAGUAAGAGAGUCAGUGCUGCCAACGCUACCGAGCCCAAGUGUCGACGUCAAACAUGCAUUCAGACUAACACACACGUAUAUAAUGUACCAACAAUAACAACAGCUCUCUCUCACAUAGCCGCCGUAAGGUGUCAUGAGUCCGAAAAACGUAAAUUUUGUGGAAGCAAUUCAUUUGAAAGCAUAUACAGUACACAAUAGGUGUGUCAACACUUGCGUCUAACACGAUUUUUUCUACGUUUGACGACGUAGCCACUGAAUUUGUUGGCCGCAAACCAAUAUUCAACUGAAAAUUGCCGACGAUUUCGAGUGAACAUUUUCUAGUGUUUGUGUUUUUUCUAUUUCACUACGUGUGUGACGAUUUUUUUUGUUGACGAUUUUGCUCAAACGUGAAUUUUUCUUGUUCUAUUUUGUGAAAUGACAGUGUGAUGCAUUAUUUGCUUACCGAACCACCGCACAUUUAUAUAGUAUAUAAAUAUUUCGAUGUAGUGUUGUACCGAUUAAGCGUGAUUUGAAAGUGAUUCAUCACAGAUACGAUUAUCAAUGUACAAUAAAACAGAGCAAAUAAAUAGAGAUAUAAUAAAUGAACACAUUAAGUGGCGGUAAUUCGUUUUUACUUGACGAAAUUGGAAUGACAAAAGGAAAUUAACAAGAGCCAUUCUCUGUGUAUAUAUUUGGUAGUACACGUCAUACGGGCUCAGUCGAACGAGGAAAAAAAAUGAAAAUUAAGAAAUCCAAUUUUCUUUGGAAAUGAACCAUAGUGAACCAAACGAAAUAAACCACCGCAUCCAGUUUUUCAUCGAUUCAAUCGGAAAUUCGAUUGAAACUUUUGAAAGAAAUUUCAUGCAAAUUAAAUACUAAGACACUAUUCGUUUCGGUGUGUAUGGUAGUUUUUUUGUUGUUGCUUGCUUACUAGUUCCAUCUGAGUGUUAGAGUGAAAGUGACAAUCAAAUGCGUAAUGGUAUGGUGUAUUGGCCAGAGUGCUAGUGAUUGAAGUGUUAUUUACCAAUCAACAACAAGCCAAUUGCUAACAAAAACCAUUCUUUCCUACCAACCAACCGUGAUAAUUUUCAAUUGCUCAUAUAAAUUGUCCAACGGAAAACGAAGCAACAAUUAAAAAAAAUUAGACGAAAAAAACGGAGACAAAAAAAAUAUUCUGGAAAAAUAAAAGACUCGUCCUCGUAAAGGCAGCUGGCUCUGUUUAAAAAAAAAUAAAACAAAGUUAACUGUGUGCUUUGCAUCAGUUUCUAUUCGCGCCACGCUUGCGAUGAUCACACAAAAUUCAUUUGUCCAACGAUCGCGUAUUUGUGCAUUGUUCAUUUAAUAAAACAGACAAACGAGUUAUUUUAUUUUCGUUGUUGUUGUUGCUUUAUUUAUUCGCCUGCAACAUACACUUCCAUUGAAUGUGUAAUGUGUGUAUUGUGUGUAAUUGGAGAUAGUGGAAAAAUGAAGCAGUUCGGUCGUCGUUUGCAUUUCUCUCUGAAAAGGUAGCAACACAGCAGCAGAAUAGUAACAGUAACAAAGCGACAACGGUAAUAAGAAAAAGCAGUGGCACGAAUGAAAUACACAACAAGCGCAGAAAUAGUGAAAAAAAACACGAAAGACAAUCAAAGUGAAUUCACGAGAAAAAAAACACAUGGCAAAAACAACAGCAACUGAUACACACUCUGAGUUUUGAAUCUGUGCGAUGCUGUUUGGCUAGGCGAAAAUGAAAAAUAGUCUGAAAUUCCGCACACUUUCAUAAAAAAAGCAGCAGCAGCAGUAACGGCAAGCAUUUGGGUGCUUUUUUUAUUCAUCAGAUCCGGAUCGAAUAGAAAGGGAAACGAGUGAAACGAAAAGAAAGAGAGAAUGAAAGUCAUAUAAUAGAAAGAAAAAAACAUCAACCAGCGAUUCGUAUUAAUUAAUUGGACUUGUGUGUAUGUUUAUCCGAUAUACAACUCGAUUCGUGUUUUGUUUGUUUUGUGUCGGUGUUGUGUCUUUAUCGCGCUGCUGUCUCUGUCACUGUGACGUCGGUGGCUGUUAACGAUUCGCACUAUUCGUUGCACCCAAAUAUAAAAUCAUUAAAAUCGCUUGUUUCUAAUUAAAUUAUAUAAGCUCAUGAACACACCGAAAUAAAAACAAUUCGGAAUUAAUUGCAUUUGUAAUUGUGAUGGAGCAAUAGUGCUGCUGUGGUUUGUGUGAAGUUUGUUUUGGUUUUGUGACCAUACACAUACACAGACACACACUCUUAUUUUCAAAGUCGAUAAAUACUACUCGAGCAACGGGUUUGUUUUUUUUUUGCUUUCGGGCAAAGUGAAUGAUUUAUGGUUUAUAUCGCAUUGAUCUGAGAAACGAGCGAGCAAGCGAGCGAGCGAGAGAAAGAAAGAAAACCAACGAACUUUCCAUUCUUAAGAGUUCCGCAAAUGUGUUGGAAUGAAAUAUUUCGUGAACGCGAAUGCCAGGAAUUUAUAGAAUUUCACAGUCGAUCAGCAAGAGCAUGCAAAGCCAACGGUUUUAAUCAUUAUGUUCGAGUAUAAUUGAGUGCUACUUUUCCAGUUAUUGUUGUGUGUUUUUGUUUUGUUUUUUUUUUCUGGGGUGCCUUUGUAAUGGAAGAUCGGUGCCCGUUGGUUCGUUAUUGUUCGAUUUUUGUGUAAAUACAAAAGAUUCGUGUGCUCGAAAUUGUUUUUUUUUUGCAACAAAAAAAAAUUCCAAACACGGAGCGUUUACGGCACGACCGCAACGAAUACAAUAAUAAUCAUAAAUUUCAACAAUUACAAUAACCGUUUUACUUGUUCAAUAACAUGGAAUAUGGUGACUAUACGGUGAUAAUCGUUUCGGUGAUAUUGAGCGUUACUUCGAUCACAAUGUUAGCUGCGUGCUUGUGCUGUCGCAAAAAAGUUCAAAACAAUGAACUUCUCGGUUUGGAGGGUAUGGUUAAAAUCAAAAAUCCAGAUGAAAACCUCCUAAAUGGCAACCAUAGCAUUUCAAUUAUUGGUGACUCAGAUGUAAAAAUAUCCAACAAUGAUAUCACCGAUUCAAAAAGAUCACUGAAUGUACCGCAUCGCAGUUUGCCCGACAUUCCCAUUUCCGAUCCAAAUCAAUUGGAUACAAAUUCCGAUCUAUAUGCCACUGUCGGCGAUAAAGUUGGUGACAAACCUCAAGGACAAAGUCCUGCAUCUAGCGCAAAGAAACAGAUCAGUGUAUCGCAACAUAGUUCCAUAAGCCAAGCGGAUGACUGUAGCUCCCCGUAUGCCCGAGUUCGAUCUCCAGCACAUGCCUACGACAAAGUACGGCCCGCUGAACAUCCAUAUGCUCAAGUUAAAUCGAUCGGUGACAACUCCAAUCGACCGUCAACAUCAAACACAACCACUUCAGCCAACAAUUUAAAUGCUGAAAAUAACAAUCCCAACGAUAAUGAUUCGUUAUCACGACGCAGCUCGCAUGAGAGCCUAUUGGACUCGGUUGAUGGAAGACAACAACAGGUGAUUCCAGCGGCAUCGGCAAUCGCAGGUAGAGUGUCAGCUAGUCAAGAAUUACCGUAUAUGACGCCACCAAUCGUACAACCGCAACACCAAUAUUUCAGUGGUGAUUCACAAGAUUCGUCAAAGGGUUACACAAGUAUCAGUGUACGCGAGCCGUUGGCAAAUAUCAUAGCACAAACGAAGAAACAGAACGCUCAAAUUCGACGACGAGAAAUAUCGGACUCACACUAUGCAACCGUUUCUGAUGACUCGGACGAAAUGUAUGCGGCGAUUGAAGAUCCAAAUAAUCUGGUUGAAUUGUACACAAGUGGUUCGGAGACUUAUGCCCAAAUUCAACCGCAAGAGCCAAUGGUUGUAUCGGUGGAAAUCAAUCCGGCUCCGCCACUUUCAAUCAACAAUACACCAGCUCCAAGUACACUACCAUCGCUGAUAUCGCAUCCGACUUCGACUCAAUCGAACUCACUCAAUGCAACAACACCGCGAAACAGCGUAAACGAAGCGACUGUAGAUAUGUUAAAGGCAGCUGCACACUCGAGGCAAGCGUCAUCGUCGAGUUGCACGAGUUCGGUCGGAAAUUUGGGCUCACCAAAGCCUGAAAAACGACAAGCAAACAGUCCUCUUCCUCCGACCCCAAAAGGUACACAUCAUUACCAGAGCAAUAGCAGCCUUGCGAAUCCGAUAUCACUUCAAUCGGGACGAAAUUCGGCUGCUUCGGUAAUUGAAGUGGGUCAUCCGGGCCAACGACAAGUGUCCCGUGAAAAUUUGGCCGAAAAUCGAAAUCAUUUGCGUCCAGUUCAUGGCAGCGACGAUGAGCCACGCAAAAAUCGUCUAUCAAAAGAUUUAGAAGGAAUGUACGCAAAGGUGAUGAAGAAAAAUAAACUGUCAACGGCGCCGUCCGAAAACACAUCACCAGUGCCUAUUCGUAAAGUGCUAAACGAAGAACCACAACCACAACCGCAACAAAUGCAACAGCAACAGCAACAGCAACCACAAUCACAACGCCAAAGCCUAUUCUUAUCCGAUCCAGAUAUUGCACGCGAAAUCAAUUUGCCCGAAGCGUUAAGCAAAUCGAUACACACGUCACCAGGUAAAAAUAGCAUUAAAUCAGCCCAGCUCAACGAUGACAACGACUAUGAAACAAUUGACAAACGACGAACACGAAGCAGUAGCUCAAAUUAUGAUUCAAAAAAUGAUCCAGGAUACGAAACAAUACCGGCUGAUCUGCCCGGUGGAGCCAAUAAACCAAACUCAAAUCGCAAUUCAAGCCAUGCUCCAACUCCACCAGGCAUUUUUCUUCAUAAGCUGUCACAACAUUCGCUGAACACAUUCCCCGAGGCGAAAACACUGUUUGAAGACGAGCCGGGCUAUGAAAGUUUACCCGAUCAAUCGUCAAACGAUCCAGGCUAUGAGACUGUUGAACAAUCACAUGCAAAGGAUACAUCGAAAAAAAAUGGUUCUGACUAUGAUCCGAAUUAUGAAACGCUACGACCAACCACAAAAGCCGAUUCGGUCGAUCAUUACGCCAAAGUGUUGAAUAAAAAACUUGAAAACAACGACGGAUACAGUAGUAUAAAAGUAAAAAAUACCAUUAUAAGCAGCGAAGACGAUGAGAAUUUAGGGUAUUGCACAAUAUCCGAAGAUCGAGUGGCGUCAACAUCGAAAAAUCAUGAUUACGCUAGUAUCCGUGAUACAACCAAAGAGCAUGAAAAUGUUUAUUCAAGUAUAACGAAUGACAUGGAACCUGAUCCAUCGAGGAAUAAUUCGACGAUAAAGACUAGUUCAUCGCUAGCCUCAACACCAUCACCAAUCAUUAUGUCACCGAAUAUGAGCGUUUCAAUGACAUCCACCAUUUCUGACACAAAAACACUGACAUCACCAUCGAGCGAUGGUGAUUCCAGCUCAAAUACACCCAUUUGUUACAAUAGCAUUCGUAGCACAGAUAGAAGCCAAUUAACCGUAAGCGUUAGUAAUUAUGAAUCGUUGACGGGCAGUGAAUCUGAUUCAAACUACGAGUCAGUACGGUAUUUGAAUGCAAAAGACCGUGAAAAUCCUUAUGAACAAUUGUAUAAUGAAUCCGAUAUUAAGUAUGACACAUUGAAACGAGAUGAUACAAGCAGUAGUGUGGCCGGAUUGUAUGCGACAUCAUCGAAAAAUGCUGCCGAUUUCAGUAAAAAUAGCAGUCUGAGCAGUAGCAGCGGAAGUGGCCUAGGUGGUCGUAGCACCAGUUCACUAAAUAAUAACUCCGAUGCAGCCAGUUAAUUGACACAACAUUCUGCUUGUCAUCUCGAUCAUUUGCAAUCCAGAAUAUGUGACAGAUUUAAAUCACUAAUCCUAUUUAAUUGCACCUAAAUACUUCCAACAACUACUUGAACAAAAUAUAUCGCUAUGGUUUUUUUUAUAUACCUAUACAAUUAUUAAUUCUAAGCAAUUUGAGAAUGAAAAACAAAAACACGUUAAAUGAAAGAAAAAUUCCAAUUGUGAUCACUAUAUUUGAAUCGAAACAAAUGCAACACUUUUUUUGUUUUGUGUAGAGAAAUUUUAAGGCAUAAACGAUUAAGCUACAAUUUUAUUUUAUACCAUUAGCUUUUUUUUCGCAUGUAAGAAUUGAAACUACUUGUUAUUAAUUGAUUAUUGGAAAGCUAUUAUUCUUUUUCGCUUCACCAAAAUCAUAAUCCGUAAUUUUAUUUAAGUAAUAAAGAGGAAACAAAUCUAGUGCGCACAUAGUUUAAAUUAAACUAGCUUCAAUGUGUAAAUAAAAAUGAGAAUAGGCAAUUUUAAGCUUUUUGUAUCAUUUUAAGCCAAUUAAAUCUUAAGUACAAAAUCAAAUUAUUAUCAGUUGCACGCUGAAGUUAUGACUAAUUUAUUUGAUUUUUACAUUUUAACAAAUAAAAUGCCCAAUACUAUUAAACAAAUUGGCCAAUUAUAUUUCAAACGGUUGAAAUGGAAA